AUGGAUUCGUACGUCCAUCCGAACAAUAGCUGGUUGCCGCCUGACGUGGCGGCACAGGCGGCGAGCGAGGAGCCUGGGAGGUUCCACGCUGUUGCCGAGGAGGUUCAGGCCGCGUGGAAACGCGGGAAAGAGCAAGGCCAUGGCGGAGAGACUUUGAAAUGGGUCUCCGUCGUCAACAGCUUCGUGGCGUCCAAGUCUCGUCUGGAGGUCCCUGAUCUGGAGCUUGUGUCAGAGACUGCCCUCGAUAUAAUCACAAGCUGCCGUGGCCCUAGGGAUCUCUUCAUUCAGAUCCGUUGGUCUCAGUGCCUCUCCCGCAUCCUGCGCAAGCACCGCUACUCGCUCUCCCUCUCCAUUCCCUGGCGCUCGCUCUACUCCAUCCUUGCUAUACACCUCCCCUCUGCUCCAGGGUCCACCCCCCUGCCCGGCUACGUGGGAGCGGCGCUGCUGCAGAUUCACAUCAACGCCAUCACAGAGCUCAUCAGGCGGGCGAGAAGGUUCUUCCUGCCUGGCUCUGCUGCUGACAUCUGGGCCUUCCUCAGGCCACAAUUCGCUGACGUCAGCAGCAAUGAUGCUCUGGAGGCGGUGGCUCUGCUGAAUCUGCUGCUGCCAACCACGUGCCGCCACGUGGCACCACACGAGGAUGACGCCGUUGCUGAAUGGAGUGUCUGGGUGCCGGAGUGGCUUUCAUUGUGGUCCUCUAUUCCCCACUGCACCUUCUGGGACGCUCAGUGGAUCUCUCUCCUCGCACGCUUAGCUAAACACCAGCAGCUAUGCCACCAGCACCAAGCCACCUCCUCCUCCCCACCUCCUCCCUCCUCCUCUCCCUCCUCUCUCUCUUCCCAUCCUCUCUCCCUCUGGUCUCCACACCUUCCUUUCCUUUUCCAGAAGAUUCUCGAGUCUUUCUCCCUCCCCAUCGGCCAAUCCCCGUCCGCCACGUCAGCGCAACUUGAGCGCCCCGUCUCUCCAGCAUGCGCGCGUGUCUUCCUAUCACUGCUUGACAGGUGGCAGCAGCGCAGAGUGCCGCACCAGCAGCAGGUGGUUCGGGCUGUAGCUGGCGCCAAGCUUGUUGUCUGGCUGCUAGCAAACCCCGAACCUGCCGCCCAUGGUUCGGAUGCCGAACCUCCUGCUUCGGGCUCGGACCGAGCCAUGGAGAUGCAGGGAGGAGCGGCGUCGGUGCUGCGGCUGUUUGAUAAGCUAUCGAACGAUCUGGAGCAGUUCUUUCAUCCAUCCAACGGUGGAGAAUGGACAGGGCUGCUGGAGAAGAUGAUUCACUCUGCUACUUACCACCUCAUGAAGAGAAUCGCAGCAGAGAAGAAGAUUGUCGGUGACAGGUACCCCUCGGGUGCUCCUUCUUCCCUGUCCCCUGCUACGACCACUGCAUUCAUCCGUCUGCUCACCCGUCUCAUCCACAACCGCGCUCUCUUCAGCAAGAGCCCCACCCUCUCUGCCGUCGCCUCCCGCGUGGCUUCCUCCCUGUCCUACCUGGCGCCACGUGUCACUCUGCCAGUGGUCCUGGAGAGCUUCCAGGGUGCGCUGACCACUGUCACAGCAACACACCAGCUCGAGUCCGCCCUCUCGACCCUCGCGCUCUCCGUGCGCCCCUUGCUGCUCGCUGCUGCUCAAACCCCCUCAGAGCAAGACUUUACACUUGACUCUAUGGAGGUGGAUGGAUCAGGAGCAGUGGGGGCUGGGGAGGGUGGUGGCAUGGACACGUGGCAGGAGAUGAUUGGGCGGGCGAGGGAGGUGGUGUCUGAGGCGCUGGUGGCGACUCUUCCUGGGAUUGACGCCAAUGACCCGCCCAAGACGCUUGCUACCCUGCACCUCUACCUCUCUGUCUUCUCUUCUAUUGGUCCAAUAGGGGACGAGGAAAGCCCUUUCGCACUCUCCAUUGAUUGGUCCACGUGGCUGGAGGACUUUCUCUCGCGCCUCUUCUCCCUCUUCUCUCACUUGGAGAGUGCUGCUCCCACUGCUACUGUAGCUACCGCUGCAGCAGGCACUGAGAGUGCUGCUCCCGCUGCUACUGUGGCGGGCGCUGCAGCAGGCACUGAGAGAUCCUUCCUUAUGAAGGAGGCAGAGGGGUCUACCUUCCGCUCCACCGUCAGCAUUCUCUUCGCGCGCCUCUCUCCUCCUCUGCUCAAUCAGGUCAUUUCGAGGGUGGAGCGAUAUGUAUCCAGUUCUGUCGUCCGCGGGUGUGAGGAGGAGAUCGGCACAGUGGUGGCAGCGCUGGCCUAUGCUGCUCCUGAGGCCACGUGCAAUCGGAUCCUUGCUGGAGUCAUGGAUUCGGCCUUCUCCCUCCUCCAAUCGCUGCCUGCCACGUCAUUCCUGGGGCUCACUGAGUCUCCUGCUGCUGCUGCUGCGGAUGCAGGGGAGUCACUGAAACUGCCAGCCAAUCAGCUGUCGACAACUCAGGAGGCCACAGUCCUCUUCCACAUGCAUCUCGUCAGCAACGCUGUCCCCUUUAGUGGCUCGGCUUUGAUAGCACAUAAGGAGCGCCUCAUUGCGCUUAUCGAUGCUGCCUUCUCAUCCAGCUCCCAAAAGGUGGUCGAUGCAGCAGCUGAUCUGCUUCAGAAGUUCUUGUUUGCACUCAUCUUCUAUUACCCCCUGAAUGAAUACACUUUCUUGGGCUGGGAGCAAACAGCUCCAGGGGUGGAGAGAUGGUUUUCAAAGCAAGCUGCUGCUGCAGUAGUAGCAGCGCCACCAGCAGCAGCAGAGCCUCCAAUUGCAGCAGGACAAGUGGCAGCAGCAGGAGCUCUCCAGUGGCACGUGCCAUCCACAGAAGAGACAGCGCUUGCCACCCAGCUCAUUGACAAGUACCUGGGCGGCGCUUUGAGGGACAUCCGGUGGCUGCGGUCCAGGCCUGCCACGUCAGCAUCGUCCAGCUCAGCGGCGGUUGGAGCCAAGCUUGCCUGGCGAGUGGCCCUUCGCCGCCUCUGGGCCGUUUUCUCCGGCACCCGAACCAACCUCCCGGACCUGACCACCAGGUUCGGGAGCCAAGCCUCUGGCGCACCCACCGACGCCACGGCACCAGGCACCCGUCUAGCAGUGGUGGGGCGAUCGGGCGUGACUAUAGGCGAUGUGACUAUGCGGGAGGAAGCUUCUGGAGAGCUUCAUGAGGCGUGUGUGUGGCUGGUGAGGCGGCAGAGGGAUGACACUCAGACGCUGACGCUGCUGGCAGAAGUGGAAGGGUUGUUGUUGAACCCAGGCACACUCGAGUACUCCGACUCUCUGCACGGGCUCAGGGUGGUGAAGCAGCAGGCGGGGCUGCUAUCAGAGCCCAAGGGUUCGCCGUGGAUGAAGGCUGGAGAGACGAGAAGGAGGCCGCCCUGGGUGCUGGCAGAGCUCGCAUACGAGCAUCUCCUCUGGAGGGCCUCUCAGGCGAACUUCAAGACGAUCUACGCCGGCCAGCGCCGCCCGCCGCCCCUCCCUAGGGCGGUGAAGGUGCUGCUGGGAGAUCUGCUGCUGCUGUCGGUGCACCGUUAUGCGUCUGUACAGGGUGUUGCGCGUGCCAGCCUGGAGUUGCUUCUCAAGCGCUUCCCGCCAGCUGUCGACAUUGCAUUGCGCCAGCUGUCGCCGUGCGUGGCUGGGGAGGCAGGCGCGGUGACAAGAAUGAUCAGGAUGGGGAACAGUGGUGUCACCAUUGGUAGUGAUGGCAAUGGGGAAAUAGACAAGGAAAAGAAGGUAGAGGAGAUGAAAGCGGCAGAGGAGGUGGAAGAGGUGGAGGAGAAGGAGGACAGGGAGGAGGCAGCAGUGGGAGCAUGUCAGGUGUUUGUGAGCCGACCAAUCAUGCGCAAGAUCGCUUACGACUGGAGGGCAUUGGCUCCCUUCCUCUCCGCACUCCUUUCCUCGCACUCCAUUGACUCUCUCAAGGCUCUCAACGCCAUCAACCAGCUCUUCAUCGCAUUCGUGUCUCGCUUCGCUGGGGUGAACCCCAUUCGGCCCCGCCCAGUGCCUGCUAUAGGAGAGGAGCAGGCACAAGCGGAGAGUGGGUGGGAGAGCGGGUGGGAGUCUGGUAGCGGUGAUGGUGAUAUUGCCUCUCAAGCACAGGGAGCUCUCUCGCUCCUCUGGACCAUUGCUGCUCCUGCUGCUGCUGCUAAUGUUCCCACCGCUGCUGCUAGUGGUGGUGCGAGUGAAGCAACUGCUGCCGCUGCUGAUAGCAAUGCGAUUGCUUCUGCAGCCACGCACUGGAGGUACUCUCUCAUGGCCAAUGCGCUGCUCGCCCUCCUCUCCUCCUCCGUCCCCUCCACCCCACCUCCUCCUCUUGCUCCUCCUCCUCUUCCACCUUCUGCUGCUGUCGCCUCUUCUAUCACUCAACAACAGCAGACCCUGUACCUGCCUCUGCACUACCUGAACCUCCUUGCAGGUCCUCUCCCUCUCCUCCGCCCUCUCGCCACCUCUGCACUCCUCCUCCUCCUCCCCCCUUCCCUCCAGCCCCCCUUCCUCUCCUCUCUCCAUUCCCCCUCUCCACUUCCUCUUCCUCCUUUCCAAACUUCCUCACGCACUCCUCCUCCCCUCCCUCUCUCCCUCCUCACAUCCACGUCCUUCCUCUCCUCCCUCACCUCCCACCUCUCACUCGACCAUCAAACCGGCGACCUCCCCUCAGGAGGAAACGGGCGGGGGAGGGGCAGGGGCGGCGGGGGAAGGCUAGCGGGUCUAUUUGGUGGAGGGGGAGGGGGGAACGGGGCGGGCGGGGGCGACAAUCCCGGGGCUACAGUAUCAGCACUGUUCAGCGCGGGGCUUGGAGCGUCUGCCACGUCAGCGCUGCUCUCGGAUUGGCCGAGGAGAAAGUCCCGAGGGUUGGUGCCGUCCUGUCCGCAGUCCUCUUCAUUUGUGGUGGCAAAUGCGAUGCUCUUUGAGCUUCUUGUUCAAACCACUGCUGCUGCUGGCGCUGCCUCUGGCAUAUCUGGCAGCACAGCAGCAGUGACAGCCUUCCUGCACGCACUCCACCCGUGCCUGCAAGACCUGGUAUCCAAGGAGACCGACAAGGGAGCACAGAGCGCAGCAGCAGAGAUCACUGCAGGGCUCCUCGCCUCUGCACACCCCGCUGUGCUGCACGCCUGCUGGGAAGUUGUUGAGGCAGGGGGGUCAGAGGGGGGAGCGGACGGACGUGAGGGGGUUGGAGGGGGGGUGAGGGGCAGGAUUCAGCGGCUCGUGCGGGAGAAGCUUCUGGAGAAGCUUCCAGGAAAUGCGGCCUCAGGUCAGCAGGCGAAACGGCUGAUGCUGCUGGUGGUGGCGGUAGGGGAGAUGGGGCAAGUGGGGGAAGGGGCUGAGAGUGAGGAGCAACAGGAGGAGGAUGAGGAGGAAUCGAGAUUCCUUAUUAGAUUGGCAGAUGAGGCAAAGGGGCUGAUGACUCAUAGCGCGAGACAGGUUCGACAGCUUCUGGGGGAGGUGUUAUCUGCUCUUCUGGUUGCACUCAGCACUAGAUUCGCUAGUUCGUCCUCUUCCUCCUCCUCCGCUUCUGCCGCUGCUGCUGCCAGCCUGUCGAAUCAUAUCUUGGCAGAAGCUGCCAAAGCUGCUACAGUGAUCAAGUCCAUGGGAAGCAGCACCGAGCAGCAGAAAGAGACAAAGGAGGGUUCGAAGAAACAAGAGGGGGAGAUGGAAGGGGUGGUGGAGGGGAAGGAGGGAGGGGAUGAGGGGAGCAGUGAAGCAGGGAAGGAGGGAUCUGAGGAGGACAGGAGCGUGUGGACAAUGGAAUCUAUUCUCUACUUCCUCAUGUCUGCUGUCAAGUCUGGCGACGCCCCUCCGUUCCUCCCAGACAUCGUCGCUCUGCUGCCACCUCUGCUCUCCAUACAGGAAACCCCCAACACGGACCUCUCUCUCCUCGCCAAGCAAUGCCUCGCCUACACCAAGUACCUGCCCCUCCCUGCGACUGCUGUGCCAGCAGCAGCGGCGGCGGUGCUGGCAGCAGCACAGUCGAGCAACUGGAAGGAGAGAGCUGCUGCUCUCUCGUUCUGCCAGCCCUUUGUUUUCCGCAAUGGCUUCCUUCUCUCGCCCGCCGACCUCUCGUCUCUUCGUGAAGCAGUCAUUGCCUGUCUGCAAGACCCACAACCAGAGGUGCGUGACAUGGCAUCCGCCACGCUGGCAGGCCUUUUCAAGGCAGCCCCUCAAGGUGACACGUGGCCAGCUACCAUUCGCCAGAGCUUCGUCCAAUCAGCUGCAUCCACUCUCAAAGCCUCGAGAACCGCCCGCAAACGAGCCAAUGGGGGAAAGACGUUGGAUGCUGACUCAGCAGCAAAGAUGGCAGCACGGACGGUCAAGAUGCAUGGAUCGGCGCUUGGGCUUGCUGCUGCUGUGCGAUCAGCACCAUACGAUGUUCCCCUGUGGUUACCAGCCGUGCUGCUGUCGCUCGCCAGCCUGGCAGGAGAGCCUGCCCCAGUUGGCCCUGCGGUGGGGAAGGCGCUGGGGGACUUCAAGCGCACACACGCCGACAGCUGGCACAUUCACAAGGAGGCAUUCAGUGCGGAGCAGCUGGAGAUUAUCAAUGACCUAUCUUCAACUGUGGGAUAUUUUGUGUAG